AUGGCGACUCAGGUUGGCACCUCUUCCAUUCCUCCCCAAACUGCCAAUACCAACAACAAACGCAAGCGCGGGCCCGGAGAUCAGGAUGCAGGACGCAAUGCCAAAGCCCAGAACACGAACGGUGAUCAUGACACCAACUACGCUGCCCUUCUCCAAGGCAUCGACCCCCUUGCGGGUGCAGAUGAUAGUACUCGCACUGCUCAGGCUGCUCUUGCUGCUCCAAUGAACCAAUCUACCUAUCCAGAACCCGCCUCUUUCGAUGGAGCUGCGAAUAUGCCAGCUGGAUUCGACGAGAAUGACGCUCCCAAUAUCACCGGUAUGGGAACGGCGCAGGCUCUUCUUGAAGCGCGUGGUGCCAACCAGAAGCCAGCCGUCGGAACUGCAGAGUGGCACCAGCUGCGCAAGGACAAUCACAAGGAAGUCGAACGUCGCCGCCGCGAAGUUAUCAACGAAGGAAUCGAGAACAUUGCCAAGAUCGUUCCAGGAACCGAGAAGAACAAGGGAGCUAUUCUUCAACGCACCUGUCAAUAUAUCACUGAGCUUCAAAAUGAGAAGAACUCUUUCGUCAAUGAACGAGCCACUUUCGAAAUCGCCUUGAAGGAAUUGACCAACCGCCUUGACCGUAUGAAGGAGAGUGCUCGAACCGCUUGGGCCGAGAGUGCAAAGUGGCAACAACGCUGUCGUGAGGCUGGUCUUCAUUUCGAUGAUUACGAUGAGGGAGCUCUUACAGGUCUCGAGGACGACGAUGUUGACGCUGCUGUCGCCUCUUGA